CUCAAAAAAUGGCUGUCAACUGCUUUGUUGUGCAUGCAGCUUCGGUGUAAUAUAAUUUUUUUUCGCAAAAAAAAGAAUCUUCAUUUAAACUUUUUUCACACACAUAAAUUUCCAAUUAAAUUCACUUUAUUACAAUAUAAAGUUUAAAUAAUAAACUUACCGAAAAAAUAGCAAUCAAAUGUCUCUGCAAACAAACAAACACAAUUCAUCAAAAUAAUUUCGAUUACGUCCAACGAAAAGUAAAAAAAAAGAAAAAAAUAUAAAGUUCCAUAGAGAAAUAAAAAAAAUCAUUAAACAUGAAACAUUCGUCGUCGUUGUCGAUCUAAUAUAGAAACAGCAGUUAAAAUAAACACGCUUGUUUUCUCAAAUUACACUCAGAAGCGCAACACAACCCAAAUGCAAGCAGAAAUGAAAUAAAUAAUAUAAAUACCCAAAGCUAAUUAAUAGCAAUUCCUCAAACGGCCAUGUCGAAGAAGUGCCAAAUAAGCCAACAAAUCGUACGAGAUCAUAAAAAUAUAAACAACAACAACAAAAACACUUUAGAUAAACAAUUAUAUUUUCUAUCAUUUAUGCUAGAAACUAUCACCGCCGAAAUUCUAUUUGUUACACAAAGCCAUUUAUAGAAGAAAACAAAAAAUAUCUUUUAGCAAAACUCAUUCACAUUAACAACACCCACACAACUUUAAGCAUAAAUAUAUAUAUUUUUUUUGUUCUUUCUACCAAUUACUUUUUACUAGUCAAUCCUUUGGAAAAAUCUAAAUCUAAAAUAUUUACGAAUCUUUACGUGGAAUAAGAAACAAAAAAGAAAAGCAAAAAGACACACACAAAAGAGACUGAGAUACGAUCCACACAUCAGCACAGCAAUCACACACAUUAACCAACAAACAAUAACAAAGACACAACACAAGAUGGGUAAUAAAAACUCUUGCUGUGCCUACUCCAGUCCACAGCCCGAGCGUAAAAUCAAAGAAGUUCCUCCGGUGUACGAAGAACGCCAGCCAGAAAAUGAACAAUACACAAACAAUCUGCAGCACAUCUCAGAGCGUGAAGCUCUCGAAGGAGAUUUAGACCCAUCCGUCGAUCCAUCGGCAGCUACAAUGUUCUUGGAACGUUCCAAGGUCGAAAAUGGGGGAAUAACUCGAAAACGCUCGCAGCAUCAAAUCGCCCAACAACAGGGCAGCAUCGGAGGAGGUGGUCUAAAGAAGAGUUCAUCAUGUUCCACAAUAUACUUGGACGACAGCACAGUUUCGCAGCCAAAUCUCAAGAACACCGUUAAGUGUGUAUCCCUAGCCAUUUACUUCCACAUUAAAAACCGUGAAUCAUACCGACGACUGGACAUAUUUGACGAGAAACUUCAUCCCCUAACCCACGACACAGUGCCCGAAGACUAUGAUAUCCACAAUCCCGAGCACAGACAAAUCUACAAGUUUGUCCGGACGCUCUUCAAUGCAGCUCAACUAACUGCGGAAUGUGCUAUCAUUACCCUAGUCUAUCUGGAACGAUUACUAACUUAUGCCGAACUAGAUUUGGGGCCAUGUAAUUGGAAACGAAUGGUGUUGGGAGCGAUUUUGCUUGCGAGCAAAGUGUGGGACGAUCAAGCUGUCUGGAAUGUAGACUACUGCCAAAUUUUAAAAGACAUUACCGUCGAAGACAUGAAUGAAUUGGAACGACAGUUUUUGGAACUGCUGCAAUUCAAUAUAAAUGUGCCGUCAUCGGUGUACGCUAAGUAUUACUUUGAUCUGCGAACAUUGGCCGAAGCCAAUGAUUUGUCAUUCCCCACAGAGCCACUGUCCAAAGAACGCGCACAAAAGCUUGAAGCAAUGUCGCGAGUAAUGCAAGAUAAAGUUACCGCCGAGGCCCUUAAAAAUGGCAUCAAAAAGUGGUCUUCUAUGGAUAACAUCAGUCAGGGUGGUCCGCGACGGAGUGUCGCUAUACUUUCGUGAUUUUACAUCAUCUACUAGAGUCAAACAAGCUGCUUUCUACAAUGUCAAGGAAAAGUAUGCAUUUUAUUGUUUUCUAAAAUAUUUUUAUGAUGCGCGAACCACAAAUUCAAAGGUUCUCUCCUCUCUUUUUAUCUCUCCAGCACGUAGCGUAGGCAAAUAAUUAAAAUAAAAAAUAAUAAAUAAAAAUACCAACACACCAUCAAAACAAGAGUGGUUGUCGUCGAAUUCAUCAUUACAGAGAUUAUCCUAGUUAGCUAUAGGCGUGUAGAAUUUCAAUAAAAAAAUAAUAAAACAAACUUUUUAACUAAAAAGAAGAGCAGCGUUGAAAUAAUAAUAAAAAAUUGAAAAAAAAAUUCUACAGAACGACGAAUUUAAUUUGUUUCUUUCUAAUUUCCUUAACUUUUUUUUUUUGUUUUAAUAUUUAUUUAACAAAAUAUUUGUACAUAAAUUUCACAUUAUACACAAAACAAAAAAUUUAAUUUUUUUUAUUAUUAUGUUUUUCUUAACCAAUUUUAUUAUAAAUUUUAAGUUUAAUAUCCAAAGCUUCGAUUAUACACAAAAAAAUGUAUAAUCAAAAAAAAAUUGUAUAAUGUUUUUAUUUUUAUGCUUUACAUUAUAAACAAAAAAAAACUGAAAUAAAACAAAAUAACCAAUUGCAAUUAUGUAACACGAAAAAAAAAAUAAUAUUUUUAUAUACAUUAAGCGAAAGAAAGGAAAACAAAACAAAAACAAGAAUUUUCAUUAAAGAAGAUUUAUUUUUACUUUGUGAUUUAUUUUUUUUUUUUCAUAGCGAAAGAAUAGUUUUAUUUACAAUAAAUUGCUUCCUAAAAAAAAUAAGAAAAAAGAAGAAAAAAAUAUAUAUAUUUUCCAAAAACAAACACAAACAAAAAAAUAAAACUGUUUUUCAAAUUUGUUGCUCAUUCCAUGUAUGAAAAAAAUGCUUUUAAUUUUUACAUGAAAUAAUUUUUGUUUUUUUUUACAUUUCUUUUGAUAACAUUUUUUU